AUCUAGCUAGUUUUGUGAUCAGUGAGGAAUAAGUUCUGACAUAAAGCGUUAGAUCUAGAUAGUUGUGUGCACUGAAUACAUUCUGACUUACAGCAUUAGAUCUAGUUAGUUAGUCUUGUGAUACGCGAAGAAUAAGUUCUGACAUAAAGCGCUAGUUUUGUGAAGAACGAGCAAAGUAGUGUGACAUCAACUUCGUAACUUCGCACUAAGUUCAGCCGUGUAGAUGAUGGACCUAGGUUAACUACGACAACGACGACAGCAACAUUUCAACAAGAACUGCCUCCACUGCAGACAAUAAAAGCAUGAAUAAUAUCUUAAGGAACAGCUUCUCACACGCAUCUAAAGCCAACAUGGCGACAGAGCAUCAUCCACGUGGUCAUGUUUACACUUCCAGAAUUAGCAUCGAUUUUGUCAACAAUGAAACCGGACAUGACGUCACAUCCAACCAAGAAACAAAACGAAACCAAGAAACUUUCCCCAGCGCCCGAAGGUGGGCGGUAGCAGCCGUUGGGUCGGGGCAGGGUGGUGGGGAGUCUCACGUGACCUGUGAAGACGGAGCAGACGAUGAGAUGAUGGAGGUAGAUGUCAAGCUAGAGCGGCGGAGAAGCAAACGUGUGUCUGCGCUGAUCAGCCAGUUCAACAGCAUCACCAAGGUGGCGCCAGAGAGGGCCAGCAGCUUCCGGAGUGUGCCGCCCAAACUGAUGCGGCUGGGUCCGUCCUGCCAGGACUCGAACCUGCAACGUUCACAGAGUCUGUCGACAAAGUCUCCAGCCUUGAGCGCAUCUCCCGACAACAAACUUUACAGUCAGAGACAAAAUAUAAAGAUAGAAAUUAACGACCAAGUCACACACAAACAAAAUAUACCGACAGAAAGUGCUGACAAAGUCACACAAAAACAAAAUAUACCGACAGAAAGGGCCGACAAAGUCACACAUAGACAAAAUAUACCGACAGAAAGUGUUGACAAAGUCACACACAAACAAAAUAUACCGACAGAAAGUGUUGACAAAGUCACACACAAACAAAAUAUACCGACAGAAAGGGCCGACAAAGUCACACAUAGACAAAAUAUACCGACAGAAAGUGUUGACAAAGUCACACACAAACAAAAUAUACCGGCAGAAAGUGCCGACCAUAAAAUUCUCAGUCAAAAUGAAGUGUCAAAAACUGUGGACAAGAAAAACAUUUUCAAACUCAGUGUCCCGACUAAAAUUGUUGACAACAAACAGACUUACAAACAAAAUGUCCCAACCGAGAGUACCAACAAAUUCAGCAACAAACAAAAUAUCCCGACACAACCACCGGAUGUUAUACAAGCUAAACAUCAAACUGUAGCCAACAGAACACCUCAGACCAGCGAGAACAGCAAGACAAACCCAAUGUUGAUCAAGUCACGUGAUGUGAUUCAGGAGAAUGUGUCUACCAACUUGAGGCUCAGCUUUGACGACAAUGUGUUUGAUGCCAGCCCCACCUCAAGUUACGACAUCUCCAAAGUCAAGCCAGCCGUCAAGAAACACAUGACUACUGAGUGGACGAGGCUACGGACUGCCCUGAACACAGACUACACGAGAACACAGUCAGAGUCCAACACACAGGGAGGACAUUCCGAGUCUGAUACGAGUUUCAUUGGGACGAGGCUGUCUCUCCCUAGAAACUUGAACCCAAAAGAUGUUUUCACAAAGGAGAAUGUCAAACCUGCUUCACACAAAGAAUCGUCCAGUAGAUCUGCUUGUACAGCAGGACAGCAUUCAGUGGAUACUGCUGGACAGCAUUCUGUGGAUACAACAGGACAACAUUCUGUGGAUACAGUUGGACAUCAUUUAAUGGAUACUUCAGAUAUUGCACAGAAUCCUUUCACAGACAUUCACAAAACUCCAGAAAACAACGGCCCUAAGGAUUCAGUACCGGAAAAAUCUUCAUCGAAAAAUCUCCACGAUGAUACACCAAAAUCUAUGUGUUUGCAUGACAGUAGGGUAACACUAACUAGUACUCUCUCUUCUGAUACAAACAUUAUACCGUGCACGGAUAAAGAAAACUUUAUAACAUACACGGGUAAAGAAAAAAGUACCCCAUACAGUGAUAAGGAAAAAAGUAUAUCGUACACAAAUGCUGACAAAAAUAUUUCACCCCUCGAUAAAGUGCGUAUACCACCCAGUGACCUUGACCUCGCUAAGAUCUCCAAUAGUUCUCCGGGUGAAGUAUCUGGUGACGUCACUUCCCGCCAACCAGCCGGAACUCCGGUGGAAGAGAAGAAAAGCGUCACGUUCGCUUUGAUGCCAGAGUUGCAGGAUUACACCGCUAAACAUGGUCUGUAUUCGGACCCACACGCCAAGUCCAAGGGUACCUUAGGAGAUAGGGCAAGGGAGAUAAUACAACCCAAAGGGAGAGAAACGUUAAAAGAAAAGAAUUCUUCAGAUGCUAAAGUCUUUGUGAUGUAUCAGGACAACAAUAAACUAACAAUGUCUGUUGGCAGUGCGUCAACUACACGGCAGUAUGUUGACAGUGCGUCAACUACACGGCAGUAUGUUGGCAGUGCGUCAACUACACGGCAGUGUGUUGGCAGUGCGUCAACUACACGGCAGUAUGUUGACAGUGCGUCAACUACACGGCAGUGUGUUGGCAGUGCGUCAACUACACGGCAGUAUGUUGACAGUGCGUCAACUACACGGCAGUGUGUUGACAGUGCGUCAACUACACGGCAGUAUGUUGACAGUGCGUCAACUACACGGCAGUGUGUUGACAGUGCGUCAACUACACGGCAGUGUGUUGACAGUGCGUCAACUACACGGCAGUAUGUUGACAGUGCGUCAACUACACGGCAGUGUGUUGACAGUGCGUCAACUACACGGCAGUAUGUUGACAGUGCGUCAACUACACGGCAGUGUGCUGACACGUCUAGCGGCCCUGUAGCCACACACACAGCAGACUACAGCACCGCUACAGAUCGUAUCAGUAAUGCAUUGAACACGCUCAAAACUGAAUUGGUGGCCAUGCGCGAGCAGGAUUUGGCUCUCCUCAAACAGCUGAUCAAUAUCAGCAACACCAUCCAGAAGAUCCACAGGUCACGUGUGCUCAAGGUCAGCAAGUCCCUGUCCUUCUCCUCCAGCUACCUGCACCCACCCCCGCUCCACCCCUCCAAGAGGUGCUACAGCACUACACUGGACAGGCAGAACAGCGCCUCUUACGUCAUGGACAGGAAGCGGAACUUGUACAGCUACAUGAGGUCAAGCACGGAAAGUUCCCUGAGUUCCUUUGACGAGAGCGAGUUCGACUCAGCCAGUGAGUUUGACGAGUCGACUACGUCACUGAACAGCACCUUCACCAACCUGUCCCCCGAGCUAGCCCGGGCCCGCCUCAGGUAUCAGAUCCGGGCCCCGGAGGUCUCGCUCUGUCUCAACGUGGCGGAGGACGGCGAGCUGACCUACGAGGAUAUCCUAAGGCGGAACGUCAAGCUGUGGAAGCUAAGCAGCUCCGGCCGGUGAACGGUUUUCAUCCAAAUAGUUAGGGUCCAGUGAACUUUGAUAACGUAGCCAACUAGUGAAGAUUGGAGAGUAUAGGAUGAAUCGGGUGUUGAUGUGUUAAAGUACAAUGUUGAUAAUACGACACCCAAGAUCGCCGAAAAAUGUUUUUUGCCACCGUUGAACUUAGACAAGAAAUAAAAUAAGUUCUUACCUAAGACAAAUGGAUACGAUUUUACCUAAGGAAUGUUGUAAAGAUCCGACCGAAGCAGAAAAAGUGUCAUUUAUUACAAGGCUUCCUACUUUUCAAAAUGCUGUUUUAAGACUUACCAAAAACAAAUGUAGAAAAUGGCAGUAAUUUUACAAUAAAUCAAUGCACUAGGCAGCAUAUAUUAACAUAUUUAAUUGUUUUGAGAUGUAUUUUUAAUUUGAUGACGUGAUUGCUAUGUGAAUUCAUAAUGCCAGUUAUAUGUUACAUCUUGCAAGGUAUUUUCCUUAUUUAACAUAUCCAAGAUUCUGAUAAACAUAUCCAACAUUCUCUCUGUGUGUGUGUGUAUAUAGAUGUGUGUGUGUUGGUGGGGGACGGGUGGAAUUUAU